ACUUGCUAUUUACCAGUUGCUAUUCAAAGCACAAGCUAUGAGCAAGACCCAAUAAGUCCUUCCUCAGAGCCUGGGGGCAUUGAAGACCUCAGCAUGAUAGGACUGGCUGGAGCCCAGGAGAGAACAUUGAAAUUAUUCUCUAAGCUAUUUGAAGAGAGUGACUAAAUGCACCUGGGUCAGGCUGUCUGUGGGUAUGAAGUGGUUGGGAGAAUCCAAGAACAUGGUGGUGAAUGGCAGGAGAAAUGGAGGCAAGUUGUCUAAUGACCAUCAGCAGAAUCAAUCAAAAUUACAGCACACGGGAAAGGACACCGUGAAGGCUGGCAAAAACGCAGUGGAGAGGAGGUCGAGCAGAUGUAAUGGUAACUCAGGAUUCGAAGGACAGAGUCGAUAUGUACCAUCUUCUGGAAUGUCCGCUAAGGAACUCUGUGAAAAUGAUGACCUAGCAACCAGUUUGGUUCUUGAUCCCUAUUUAGGUUUUCAGACACACAAAAUGAAUACUAGCGCCUUUCCUUCGAGGAGCUCAAGGCAUUUUUCAAAAUCUGACAGUUUUCCUCACAACAACCCUGUGAGAUUUCGGCCUAUUAAAGGAAGGCAAGAAGAGCUGAAGGAAGUAAUUGAACGUUUUAAGAAAGAUGAGCACUUGGAGAAAGCCUUCAAAUGUUUGACUUCAGGCGAAUGGGCGCGACACUAUUUUCUCAACAAGAACAAAAUGCAGGAGAAAUUAUUCAAGGAACAUGUGUUCAUUUACUUGAGAAUGUUUGCGACUGAUAGUGGAUUUGAAAUACUGCCUUGUAAUAGAUACUCAUCAGAACAAAAUGGAGCCAAAAUAGUUGCAACAAAAGAGUGGAAACGAAAUGACAAAAUAGAAUUACUGGUGGGUUGUAUUGCCGAACUUUCAGAAAUUGAGGAGAACAUGCUACUUAGACACGGAGAGAACGACUUCAGUGUCAUGUAUUCCACAAGGAAAAACUGUGCUCAGCUCUGGCUUGGCCCUGCCGCAUUUAUAAAUCAUGAUUGCAGACCUAACUGUAAGUUUGUGUCAACUGGUCGAGAUACAGCAUGUGUGAAGGCUCUGAGAGAUAUUGAACCUGGAGAAGAAAUUUCUUGUUAUUAUGGAGAUGGGUUUUUUGGAGAAAAUAAUGAGUUCUGCGAGUGUUACACAUGUGAAAGACGAGGAACUGGUGCUUUUAAAUCCAGAGUGGGACUGCCUGCGCCUGCUCCUGUUAUCAAUAGCAAAUAUGGACUCAGAGAAACAGAUAAACGUUUAAAUAGGCUUAAAAAGUUAGGUGACAGCAGCAAAAAUUCAGACAGUCAAUCUGUCAGCUCUAACACUGAUGCAGAUACCACUCAGGAAAAACACAAUGCAACUUCUAGCCGAAAAUCUUCAGUUGGUGUGAAAAAGACCAGCAAGAGCAGAACAUUAACACGGCAAUCUAUGUCAAGAAUUCCAGCUUCUUCCAACUCUACCUCAUCUAAGCUAACUCAUAUUAAUAAUUCCAGGGUACCAAAGAAACUGAAAAAGCCUGCAAAGCCUUUACUUUCGAAGGUAAAAUUAAGAAAUCAUUGCAAACGGCCGGAGCAGAAGAGUGCUUCACGAAACCUCGAGAUGGGAAACUUAGUCCUUAAAGAGCCUAAAGUAGUUCUAUAUAAAAAUUUGCCCAUUAAAAAAGAUCAGGAGCCAGAGGGACCAACACCAGCCACAGUGGCUAGUGGGUGCUUAACCAGACAUGCGGCAAGAGAGCACAAACAGAAUUCGGGGCGAGGGGCCCCUUCGCCGGGGGAGGGCACCCCCAGCACCUACACAACCAGGCGAUCUGCACGGACGAGAAUGAUUUUGAAGGAGCCCUCUGACAUCAAGCUUGAACCAAAUACGUCGGACGACUAUGAAAGCAGCCUGACUGAGCCUUGCCCAGAGAGUGGUGAGCUACCGCCUCCUGCGACGCAGGAAGAAGAACGGGUGCAUGACACUGCACACAACGGGGAGGCCAGGUGUCCCAGGAGUGACAGCAGCCUUGCAAAAAAGAAGUCACGGCAAGGGAAACUUGUGAGACAGUUGGCAAAGGCGGGGGAGUCCACCCCGGAGCACAGUCCCCCUGGGAAAGCCGGUGUGGUACCCAGCGUGCUGGGGUCCCUCCCCGAUCAGGGUGAGCACAGCGGCUCAGAGGGGCUGCCCGGGAGCUACAUGGACUGGGCCCCUUCGCCUGUUGAUGGUUCGGUGGUGACAUCAGAUAGCUUCAAAACAAAAGACGGCUUCAGGACUGCAAAGAGUAAAAAGAAGAGGCGAAUCACAAGGUAUGACGCACAGUUAAUCCUGGAGAAUAACUCUGGGAUCCCCAAAUUGACUCUUCGCAGGCGUCACGAUAGCAGCAGCAAGACAAACAAUCCAGAGAAUGAUGGGAUGAAUUCUUCCAAAAUAAGCAUCAAGUUAAGUAAAGACCAUGAAAAUGAUAAUAAUCUCUACGUAGCAAAGCUUAAUAACGGAUUUAACUCAGGACCGGGCAGCAGUGCCACAAAAUUAAAAAUCCAGCUCAAACGGGACGAGGAGGGUCGGGGGCCCUGUGUAGAGGGGCGUCACGAGAACGGGAUGUGCUGCGGUGACCCGCUUUCUCUCCUGGAGUCGCAGAUGGACGUCGAUGACUACAGCCAGUACGAGGAAGACAGUACAGAUGACUCCUCCUCCUCUGAGGGGGACGGAGAGGAGGAUGAUUACGACGACGACUUUGAAGAUGACUUUAUUCCCCUCCCUCCAGCCAAGCGACUGAGGCUAAUAGUUGGGAAAGACUCAAUAGAUAUUGACAUUUCUUCCAGGAGAAGAGAAGAUCAGUCUUUGAGGCUUAACGCAUAAGCUCUGGGUCUCAAUUUGACCUGGGAUAAACUACUUACAAAUAAAAAAUUCCAGUGUAUUAUUCCUCAACUGAAACAUUUUAGUGGCAGCACUUCUCUCAUUUCUUCACUUACCGGCAUAACACGUAGAAAGUGUACAGCGUACUGACUUACCUGAAGCCUGAUUUGUGCACAUUUUUAUUGUACUUUUUGAAUAGCCUCCUUACGUGCAAUUCCGAGUUAGAGGGAGAGCCCUGUUGUAAAGUAAAGGCUCAGCAAACUACAGUGAUAGCAACUUUCCACACGACGUUGAAAACAAUAAUGUGGCUACACAAUUUUUUUAACUUGUAAGAGCAUCAACUGGCUCUUUAAUAUGUGACUAAAUAAUAACUUAAACCAAUCCUAGUAGCAGCAUAUUAAGGUUUUCUAGUCCAUGCUAAUAUCACCAGCAAUGAUCUUUGGCUUUUUGGUUUAUUUGCUAGAUGUUCCCCCCUUGGAGUUUGAUCAGUUCCACACUGUUUGCUGGCCAGGUGUACUGUGUGUGGCCUUGGUUAAAUAGCAGACCAUCAGUUGGGAGUCAAAUUGGUUUAUUAUUAUUAUUUUUUUUUUAAAAAGUACAAUCCCAUGCGUGACAGCCAACUUUUCAGUACAUUAUAUGUACGAGGGUAGCAGUGUGCAGGAUGAGUUUCGAUACAGCGUAUUUAUUGCUUGUCAUGUAAAUUAAAGACCUUGUAUUUAACACUUUUCAAUACUUUUAGAUAAAAUUGUUCUUUGCAAGAAUGAUUGGUGCUUAUUUUUUCAAAAAUUUGCUGUGAACAAUGUGAUGACAACAAGCAACAUUUAAUGAACUACAGCUAUCUUAAUUUGGGUCUUCAAGUUUUCUGUUGCACUUGUAAAAUGCUACAAGGAAUAUUAAAAAACUCUAUUCACUUUAACUUAUAAUAGUUUAUGAAAUAAAAACAUGAGUCACAGCUUUUGUUCUGUGGUAACCUAUAAAAAUGUUUGUCUUUGAAAUUCAAUGUAAAGAACUGAAAACAAUGUAUAUGUUGUAAAUAUUUGUGUGUUGUGAGAAAUUUUUGUCAUAAGAAAUUAAAAGAACUUACCAGGAAGGUUUUUAAGUUUAGAAAUAUCCAUGCCAAUAAAAUAGGAAAUUAUAAAUACAUAGUUUUAAGCACUGCAUCAGUGGGAGUUCUUGACUUAUGUUAGUUUAUGUAUGAAAAUGUCAAAAAAGAGUUUUUGACUAUAUUAUCAGUUAGACAAAAAGAAGAGUCAGAUUUAAUUUGUUUUUGAAGCACUUUGAAAAUAUAAAUUAAUUUUAAGUAAGUUAAUGAACGAAAUUUUCCUACUUUAUGUUCAGUACCCGUCUUUGCUUUUUCUGAUUGUUUUACAAAUCAUUGGACAGAGAAUUGGGGAAUGUGAACCCGCAGCAGGCGCUGAGCCAGCGGGCCUCUGUUCCCGGGAAGCGUGUGCGUAUACUCUCCGACACACAGUGCUCCCAUGUACCAAGUCCAGGGAUCCAUAGUGUCUGGAAAGGGAGCCCCAGUUUUAAAUGUUGAAGGAAUCUGCAGGUAAUGGAAUCCCUUGGAGAAAAAAACCUCUGUGCUCACUGUCAUUCCUAAUUGAUUCCCCCAGUUCCCAGAUUCUGGGAAAUUCAGUUCCUUAACACUAUUGCCAGUAGGAUCCAAGUAGAAAUUAAUAAUAUCCAUAAAGGUUUUUUAAAUGUAGCGGUGUUUUUUCCUUCCUUCCUUCCCAAGGCAUGACUUCUGUCGUCUCGUGUCGCCCCCUGUGUGUGACGGUGCAGUUCAGCCCCCAGGUAGCGAUGUGGCGCGUGUGGCUCAGCCUGCGUGCCUCCUGUGCCAGCAGGGCGGGCCCUGGGGCCUGUCCCAAGGCCCUCAGAGCACUUGACAGACCAGUCCGACCCUCACGGUGUCCCUGUGUAGACGCAGGACCCCCGCCAGGAGGGUAGGUCCGGCCGAGACCCCGUGUGGAAAGCCCAGCAGGCAGAAGGUCGCCUCAUCCCACCUCCGAUUGGCCUGUUUUGUAGACAGUCAUAGAACACAUCUUGAACUGUUUCUUGGAAUACCAACAAUAGCCCUUACAGGAAUGUCAACCUUAAGGGAAAAGUAAUAAAAUGUCAUAUUGCCCACUUUUCUCCAUU